UGAUUACCUUUUCCUCUUCCCCAGCCUCCUUUUCCAGUCUAUCUCCACCCCACUCUCAGGCAGAGAAGACACUACUCGAGCGACGCGCGUUCUUCGCCUAAACAUAUGGCAAAAACAGCCGUCUUUCUUUCUUAUAUCAUUGUGCCCACUACUCUUUAAAAAUUCCGCCGAAAAAGAGAAGACGAUUUUCCAAAACCUUCUGGCCGUUAUCUCACGGCUCCCCUGUCUCUGCACAGGUGUAUGAACGCUACCCAGAGGGCCUAGGGGCGGCUCUUUACCGGGAGCACUUUGACUUCAACGCUGAGCCACCUUGGGAUCCUAGCUGAUAAAGGGACAGGUCCAUCUCCUGACUUGUCCAUUUUGUUGCAUACCGGCAGGACCCAUUGGCUCAGUCGUGACCCCCUGACUUGUUUAUCUGCUCUUUAUGAUUGUCGGAUUAACGGAAUACGGUUGAGAUGAAAGGACUCGCUGACCAACCCAGCUACAUCAUUGAACUACUGGAGGGAGGAGUGACUCUGGAAGAUGUCAUUGAUGGACACAUCUGUGAACAGGCUCUGGUGGAGAAAAGUGCUUUUGUGGUGGGUGAUCUCGGUGCACUGAUGCGACAGCAUUUGUGCUGGCAGAGCCUGGUGCCACAUGUGCAGCCCUACUACCCAGUCAAGUGCAACAGCAGCCCUGCGGUCAUUGAGUUGCUGGCAUCCUUGGGCCUAGGCUUCAUUUGCGCCAACAAGGCUGAAAUGAGCCUGGUGCUGGAUUAUGGUGUACCACCGGAAAGCAUCAUCCUCUCAAGUGUGUUCAAGCAACUGGCACAUAUCAAGUAUGCUGCCAAGAACAACAUCCAGCAUCUUGUGUGUGAAAAUGAGGCAGAGUUGUCCAAGAUUGCCCGUCUGCACCCUAAUGCAAAAUUGCUGCUGCAGUUGACCACAGAGGCCCAUGCAGCUGAGACCAGCAUGACCUUCGGCUCCUCUCUAAAGAGCUGCCGACACCUGCUGGAAGCAGCCAAGGAGCUGGGAGUCGAGGUGGUGGGGGUAACCUUCCACAUCCCCAGCUCCUGCCAGGACCUGCAACAGGCCUACACCCAUGCACUGUCAGAUGCCCGCUGUGUGUUUGACAUGGGGGUGGAAGUGGGGUUUAACAUGAACAUCCUUGACAUUGGUGGUGGAUUUACUGGCUCGGAGUUUCAGCUGAAACAGGUUGAAACUGCAGUCAGGCCACUGCUGGAUGCCUACUUCCCCCAGCUUUCUGGUGUGCAGGUCUUGGCCCAGCCGGGCAGCUUCUACGUGGCCUCCGCCUUCAGCCUGGCUGUCAACGUGAUUGGCAAGAAGGUGGUGACUCGUCACUGGGACAGCCUAGCUCAAGGUGAGAACAAUGAGGAUACUGAGUUCCUGUACUACAUGAAUGAGGGUGUUUAUGGUCCAUUUGGCCGCAAGCUGCUGGGAAACUCCAUCCCUGCCCCGUCAGUACACAAGCGUGCAUUGUGUGCUGAGGAGGCAAUGUAUGCCAGCAGCCUGUGGGGGCCCUCACUGGACCCCUUGGACCAGGUGGUGGAGCGCUGCCUGCUACCAGAGCUCAGUGUGGGAGACUGGCUUCUGUUCUCCAACAUGGGGGUGUGCGGCCUAGAGGACCUAAGCUGCCUCUCCACUGCCCCCCCACUGCCCGUCUACUACACAGUCUCCACCUCUGACUGGUACGAAAUGCAGGAGGCCGGCGUGACACUGGGUGGCGCCAUGAAGAACUUCUCGUUUCUCCCGUACAGUCCCUAAGUACCCUCAGCCUAGUAUUUUAUUGCACAGAUCUGCCUUACCUCUGCUUUCACUGUGUGAGAGGAGAGGUCAGUGUGGUGUUUGGGAUGAGGGGUUAAAUGUGGUCAACAUUCCAGCCGCUUUGGAAAACAGCAGUGUCCUGUAAUUUCUUCCAGAAUUUCACUUUUGUACCUCCAGCAAUGACACACGGUUGGUUGUUUGAUACCUCAGUUCAAAUUUUUUCCUGGAAGAUGAUCCUAGUUUUGACUCUUUGCGACUUUAAUCUGUUUGCUAAAAGAACUCUUGCCCAAGCUUUUAUGACAUUAUGCAACAAAAUGGAUGACUCUUUGGAGAUGGGACCCCCCACCCCACCCCUACCCCCCCAUAUGUUUGGGGUGGUUUGUUUCCUAAUUAAAAUUCAGUUUACAAAAUGUACAAUUGAUUUAGAUCCAUUGAAUCACAUGCUUUGUAUUGAUUACCUAUCAAUAGUUGUGUAGCUCCUGUGUCUGAGAACAGUACAUUUGGUCUGUAGGCAAUUUUUGAAGUGUUUAAAAGAAUCACUGCCACGUGAGGACUCUGCACCUCGGACUCCUCACUUGGCGCUGCUUAAAUGAAAUAAUGACAAUGAUGUAUUUUUCUGUAUUGCAGUUCACUCAAUGCAUCUUGUUUUUGUUUUUAAUAUUUAUUGGAUUCAGAUAUAAUUUGGGCAAAUUUAAAGCUCCAUCCUUGUGUGUUUAUUGCCCAGGUAUUAAUGCAAUGGCCCAUUUAACAGUGUUUUCGUGAUAAGUUAUUGGGUUUUUGUUUGUUUGUUUUUUGUUUUUUAAAUGAUACAUGGAUUACGUGUGCUGUGAUUUCCAUUUGUGACCUCAGUGGUUUCCUUUUACUCGAAAGCCCUGAUGGAAUUACUGUAGGAGAUUCCCUCUGUGCUGAACUGUAGCUUGGAUCCAGGGACACUGUAUUCAGUGCACUCCUUUCUCUCAGAGGUUAAUCUGGUUUAAAAGGCACAAAAUCUUAUGUGGGUUAAAGGAAAAAUACUGUGACACUUGUCGAGGGGAUUGGACCUUGUUCACUAGCUCCUUUGCUGGCUCUGAAAACCAACAAAGGAAGGAGGGAUUUUCUCUCUCUCUCUCUUUUUUUUUUUUUUUUUUUUCUUUUCCUUUUGACACAUGCUCAAACACAAAUGAUUUGUAUGUGUCAGAUAUGGAUUUACAUGUCUGUAUCUUUAAAGUGAGAGAUGCUAGUUGUACACAGACCUCUCUGGGGCAGUGCAAAUGCUAAAUAACAUGACAGACCUUUCAUGCCUCUGAAGUCGAGGGACUUCCUGCACAGUCUCCUCUACAGCUACAUGUUCACUCAUGUUAAAGAUGACCUGAAGCAUCGGUUUUUGUUUUUGUUUGUGUUUUGUUUUUUGUUUUGUUUUUUUUAAAUCAACUCUCGCCCCUGUGUGUCACGAGUGACUAAUGUAUUAAUUUGCUUGUCUAAGGCACUAAUGGACCAUAGCCUGUUCUUUGACUGUACAUUGUGCUCGUUAAAGUAAUAAGUGAUUAAUUUAAUAUACAUUUCUGACUGAAAUCA